CCUACAGUCAAUUGCUACUCGACUGUCCCUUUUUUUGAUCGCCUGCAGAAAUUAGCCGCCGAGACUUUUUGCUAGCGAAACAUCCCUCAAGCUACACCCAUCACCAGACACAGAGAUGUCCGAUAUCCCCAUCGAGUUCACGGAACUUGCCCAAUUAACCCAAUUGGGCAUCAACGCCCAGUUCCUCGACUUCAGAUCCACCACCCUCGAGUCUGACCGCUACGUGUGUGUGCGUGAAUCCAACAAUGACGCCAACACCGUUGCCAUCGUGGACUUGGCGAAUAACAACCAGGUCACCCGCAAGAACAUGAGCGCGGAUUCUGUGAUCAUGCACCAGACUGAAUUCAUCAUUUCGCUCAGAGCCAACGGGACCACGAUCCAGAUCUUCAACCUCGAGUCCAAGCAGAGAUUAAAGUCGUUCACAAUGAACGAGCCGGUCAUCUUCUGGAAGUGGCUCAACAAGAGCAUGCUCGGGUUGGUGACCGCGUCGUCCAUCUUUACCUGGAACGUCUUUGACGGCCAGGCCGAAACGGGCCCAGUCAAGUUGACCGACCGUCACCAGCAGUUGGGCUCCUGCCAAAUCAUCAACAUCGUCGCGACCGCCGACCUCUCCUGGGUCGCCACCACUGGAAUCGCCAGUGAAGGCGGCAAGAUCGCCGGUCACAUCCAGUUGUACAACAAGCAGAGAAACGUGUCCCAGCACAUCGACGGCCACAUCUGUACCUUCACCACCACCAGAUUGGGUGGGGCUUCCCAGGACACUCAAUUGUUUGUGUGCGCGAACCGCAACGCUGCCGGGGCCGGCCAGUUGUACAUCAUCGAGAUUGACCACGCGGAGGGUCAGCCGGUCUUUUCCAAGAAGACGGUUGACAUCUUCUUCCCGGCGGACGCCACCAACGACUUCCCAAUAUCCGUGCAAGUCGCCAAGACCGGCAUUAUCUACGUGUUGACCAAGUAUGGCUUCAUCCAUCUCUACGACUUGGAGACCGCUACCCAGAUCUUUGUCAAUCGCAUUUCCGCCGAGAGCAUCUUCACCUCCACCGCCUACAGCGACGACACGGGUAUCUUGGCGAUCAACAAGACCGGUCAGGUGUUGGCGGUCGAAGUGGCCAAAGACCGAAUCGUGCCGUACAUCUUGAACAAGUUGUCCAACGUGACCUUGGCGCUUUCUCUUGCCGCCAAGGGCGGUUUCACCGGCGCCGAGAACCUCUUUGACCAGCAGUUCAAUGACUGUCUUGCGCGUGGCGACUAUAAUGGCGCGGCUCAGAUCGCGGCGUCGUCCGAGAAGUUGAGAACCCCGGACACCAUCAACAAGUUGAAGAACAUCAACGCGCCACCGGGCACCGUUUCGCCAAUCUUGCAGUACUUUUCGACCCUCUUGGACAGAGGCACCUUGAACAAGUUCGAGUCGAUCGAGUUGGCAAAGCCGGUGAUGCAGCAGAACCGCUCGCAGCUCUUUGAAAAGUGGUUGAAGGAGGACAAGUUGACCUCCUCCGAGGAGUUGGGUGACGUGGUCAAGCCGUACGACUUGACCAUUGCCAUUGCCGUGUACCUCCGCUCCGGGAUCCACAUCAAGGUUGUUUCCGGGUUGGCGGAGCUCGGCCAGUUCGACAAAAUUUUGGCCUACUGCGAGAAGUACGGCUACCAGCCGGACUACAUCAACCUCUUGCAGAACCUUGUGCGUGUCAACCCGGACAAGGCGUCCGAGUUUGCCGUAUCCUUGCUCAACUCACCAACCAGCGACCUUCCGAUUGAAAAGGUGGCCGACUUGUUCUUCCAGCAGAACUUGAUCCAGCAGGGGACUGCCUUCCUUUUGGACGCGUUGAAGAACGACUCGCCAGCCGAGGGCCACCUCCAGACCCGUCUCUUGGAGAUGAAUCUCUUGCACGCGCCGCAGGUUGCGGAUGCCAUUUUGGGCAACGCGAUGUUCAACCACUACGACCGCCCAACCAUCGGCAAGCUCUGCGAAAAGGCCGGUUUGUUUGCUCGCGCGUUGGACCACUACGACGACCUCAAGGACAUCAAGCGCUGUAUCGUGCACACCGACGCCAUUCCGGCCGACUGGUUGGUUGCCUACUUCGGCAAGCUCAACGUGGAACAGUCGGUGGCCUGCUUGAAGGAGUUGUUGUCCAAGAACAGUGCUACGAACCUCCAGAUCGCGAUCCAGGUGGCCACAAAGUACUCGGACUUGAUCGGCUCCCAAACGUUGAUCAAGCUCUUCGAGGACUACCAGUGUAUCGAAGGGUUGUACUACUUCCUCUCGUCCAUCGUGAACCUUACUCAGGACGCGGAUGUGGUGUUCAAGUACAUCCAGUGCUGCGCCAGAUUGAACCACCCACAGGAGUUGGAGCGUGUGUGCAAGGACAACAACGUCUACAACGGCGAAAAGGUGAAGAACUUUCUCAAGGAGGCCAAGCUCGAGGACCAGUUGCCGUUGAUCAUUGUCUGCGACCGCUUCGACUUUGUGCACGACUUGGUCUUGUACCUCUACAAGAACCAGUUCUUCAAGUUCAUUGAGGUCUACGUCCAGCAGGUUAACUCUUCCAAGACCCCACAGGUGGUGGCCGGUUUAUUGGAUGUCGACUGCGACGAGAACAUCAUCCAGAACUUGUUGAUGUCGGUUCUCGGACGCGUACCGAUUACCCCGUUGGUCGCGGAGGUGGAGAAGCGCAACCGACUCAAGAUCUUGUUGCCGUUCCUCGAAAAGACGUUGGAAGGCGGCUCGAACGAAACCGAGGUCUACAACACCUUGGCCAAGAUCUACAUCGACUCCAACAACAACCCGGAGAAGUUCCUCCAGGAGAACUCGGUCUAUGAUACCUUGACCGUGGGUAAGUACUGUGAGAGAAGAGACCCGUACCUUGCGUACAUCGCCUACUCCAAGGGUACCAACGACGACGAGUUGAUCAAGAUCACCAACGACAACUCCAUGUACAAGUACCAGGCCCGCUACUUGCUUGCCCGCUCCGACUUUGGCUUAUGGGCCAAGGUGUUGGUUGAGGAAAACAUGCACCGCCGCCAGUUGGUUGACCAGAUCAUCGCUACCGGCAUCCCCGAGUUGAACGACCCACAGCCGGUCUCCAUUGCCGUCAAGGCGUUCAUGGAGGCCGACUUGCCUACCGAGUUGAUUGAGUUGCUCGAGAAAAUUAUCCUUGAGCCAUCCACCUUCUCCGACAACCCGUCCUUACAAGGGUUGUUGAUCUUGACCGCCAUCAAGGCCGACCCCUCUAGAGUCAUGCUGUACAUUGAAAAGUUGGACGAGUUCGACUCCGAGGAGAUUGGUAGCUUGUGCGUUGAGCAUGAGUUGUACGAGGAGGCGUUCGCGAUGUACGACAAGUUCGACAAGAAGUCGCAGGCGUUGAAGGUUUUGGUUGAGGACAUCAUGUCGUUGGACCGUGGUGAGGCCUACGCCGAGAAGAAUGACACCAAGGAGUUGUGGUUCCAGUUGGGUACCGCCCAGUUGAACGGGUUGAGAAUCCCAGACGCCAUCGACUCCUACAUCAAGUCCGGCGAUGCUUCCAACUACGAAAACGUGAUCGAGAUUGCCGAACACGCCGGGAAGGAGGAGGAGCUCAUCCCAUACUUGAUAAUGGCCAGAAACACGUUGAGAGAGCCGGUUGUUGACGGUGCCAUCAUCAACGCCUAUGCCCAUUUGGACAAGCUCACGGAGAUUGAAAAGUUCCUCAGCGGGUCUAACGUUGCCAACCUCGAGGAGAUUGGUGACAAGUUGUUUGCGGCAAAGAAGUACCAGAUUGCCAGAAUUUUGUACUCCAACAUCUCCAACUACUCCAAGUUGGCCACCACCUUGGUCUACUUGGAGGACUACCAGUCUGCCGUUGACUGCGCCAGAAAGGCGUCCAACAUCCGCGUGUGGAAGCAGGUGAAUGACGCCUGUAUCGAGAACAAGGAGUUCCGUUUGGCCCAGAUCUGUGGUUUGAACUUGAUUAUCGACGCCGAAGAGUUGCCAGCGUUGGUGCAAAAGUACGAGUACCUCGGCUACUUUGACCAGUUGAUUUCUUUGUUCGAGAGCGGUCUUGGGUUGGAACGGGCCCACAUGGGUAUGUUCACCGAGUUGGCCUGCUUGUACGCCAAGUACUCCCCAGACCGAGUCAUGGAGCACUUGAAGUUGUUCUGGUCCAGAUUAAACAUUCCCAAGGUGUUGAGAGCCUGUGAGGAUGCCCACCUCUACCCAGAGUUGAUCUUCCUCUACUGCCACUACGACGAGUGGGACAACGCCACCUUGACCAUGAUUGAAAAGUCCGAGGUUGCGUUCGACCAUGGUUCGUUUAAGGAGAGUGUGGUGAAGGUGUCCAACUUGGAGAUCUACUACAAGGCGAUCAACUUUUACGUCAACGAGAACCCGUCGCUUUUGAUCGACUUGUUGAGCGUGCUUGUUCCUAGAGUUGAUCUCUCCCGGGUGGUUAGAAUGUUCAUCAAGUCCGACAACCUUCCAAUGAUCAAGCCGUUCUUGAUUUCCGUUUUGGACAAGAACAACAACAUUGUGAACGAAGCUUACCACGAUUUGUUGAUUGAAGAGGAGGAUCACAAGUCUUUGAGAUCGUCCAUCGAGAACCCGGCCAUGACCAAGUUCAACGCCAUUGAGUUGGCCGAGAGAUUAGAGAACCACGACUUGGUCUUUUUCAGACAGGUUUCUGCCAUCUUGUACACCAAGAACAAGCGUUUUGCCAAGGCCGUUACGAUCUUGAAGAACGACAAGUUAUGGAAGGAUUUGUUGGCCACCGUUGCCGCCUCUGCCUCCGUCAAGUUGGCGCACGAAACCAUGGACUACUUUGUGGAGACUGGUAACAAGGAGGCCUUUGUCGCUUUGUUGUACUCGUGCUAUCACUUGGUUGAGAACGACUAUGUGAUGGAGGUCAGCUGGUUGCAUGGCUUGCAGGAUUACAUUAAGCCGUACGAGAUUUCUGUCGCGAAGGAAAACCAAGCCAGAUUGAACUUGAUUUUCGAGGACUACAGCAAGCGGAAGGCCGCUGAAGAUAGCGCCGGUCUUGACUCCACCGAGCCAGUUCUGGGUCAGAGAUUGUUGUUGACCAACGGUGCCGCUGGGUUGGGUUACCAGCCAACUGGUUUGGGCUUUGGAAACUACUAGAUGAAGCUAGACGUGACUGCAGGUUUCCAUUAAAUUUUUUUUUCUCCCAGCUUUUUACCAUUUUACCAUUUUUUUUGUAUGUUAUCUAUUGUGUUUGUAUUUU